AUGGAAGGAGCCAGAGGUGCCGGGGAGAACGAGGAGCUACGUCUUUAUCACCAUCUCUUUGACAACUAUGACCCAGGAUCCCGGCCAGUGAGCGGACCUGAGGACACUGUGGUCAUCACCCUCAAGGUUACCCUGACCAACCUCAUCUCACUGAAUGAGAAAGAGGAGACCUUGACCACCAGUGUCUGGAUUGGAAUUGACUGGCAUGAUUACCGACUCAACUACAGCAAGGAUGACUUUGGGGGCAUAGAAACGAUACGGGUCCCUGCAGAACUCGUAUGGCUGCCAGAGAUUGUGCUGGAAAAUAAUAUUGACGGUCAGUUUGGCGUGGCCUACGACGCCAACGUGCUGGUCUACCAGGGUGGCUACGUGAGCUGGUUACCGCCGGCCAUCUACCGCAGCACCUGCGCCAUAGAGGUCACCUACUUCCCCUUCGACUGGCAGAACUGCUCGCUCGUUUUCCGCUCUCAGACAUACAAUGCCGAAGAGGUGGAGUUCAUCUUUGCUGUGGACGAUGAAGGCGAGACCAUCAGUAAGCUCGAUAUCGACACUGAGGCCUAUACUGAGAAUGGCGAGUGGGCCAUCGACUACUGCCCGGGAGUGAUCCGCCGCCACGAUGGUGGCUCCACUGACGGCCCUAGGGACACUGACGUCAUCUACACGCUCAUCAUUCGCCGGAAGCCGCUCUUCUACAUCAUUAACAUCAUCGUACCCUGCGUGCUCAUCUCUGGCCUCGUGCUGCUCGCCUACUUCCUGCCGGCGCAGGCCGGCGGCCAGAAAUGCACAGUCUCCAUCAACGUCCUGCUCGCCCAGACCGUCUUCCUGUUUCUAAUUGCCCAGAAAAUCCCAGAGACGUCUCUAAGCGUGCCGCUGCUGGGCAGAUUCCUCAUUUUCGUCAUGGUGGUUGCCACGCUCAUUGUCAUGAAUUGCGUCAUCGUGCUCAACGUGUCCUUGCGGACGCCCACCACCCACGCCAUGUCCCGGCGGCUGCGCCACGUUUUAUUGGAGCUACUGCCACGCCUCCUGGGCUCGGGCGUGCCCCCCGAACCCCCCCGGGCCGCCUCGCCCCCCAGGCGGGCGUCGUCGGUGGGUAUCUUGCUCCGCGCGGAGGAGCUGAUCUUGAAAAAGCCGCGGAGCGAGCUUGUGUUCGAGGGGCAGCGGCACCGGCACGGGACCUGGACGGCUACCCUCUGCCAGAGCCUGGGCGCUGCGGCCCCGGAGAUCCGCUGCUGUGUGGAUGCCGUGAACUUCGUGGCUGAAAGCACUCGAGACCAGGAGGCCAACGGCGAGGAGGUGUCUGACUGGGUGCGCAUGGGGAAGGCCAUGGACAACAUCUGCUUCUGGGCAGCUCUGGUGCUCUUCAGCGUCGGCUCCAGCCUCAUCUUCCUCGGGGGCUACUUCAACCAAGUGCCCAAACUGCCCUUCCCGCCCUGUAUGUAGCCCUGAGCCCCUGGCCUGACCCCCACUUUCCCACCCAUGUCCAGGAGGAAGUAGAUUUUGAAAAACAAGUUGCUGCCCCCGCAGUAUUAUGAUGCUUUCCCACUGCGGGCAAAUCAUCGCUAGUUUGUAAAUUCCCAAGAGAUUUCUGUGCGGGCAUGUAUGUAGGUCUGGCCACUGUGCAGCAGGGGUCAGACGCUUCAGGUAGGCUGCUGGGUGCCAGUCUUCUAGAAAGCAAGGAUACCUGCCAUUCAGCCUUUCCCACCCAGUUUUCUUCAGGCCCCAGUCCCAUGUGACCUUCUGAACUACUUUACCCACCUGAUAGUGAAACAAGAGAUCCUUUUAGCAGGACUCCAUGCAGGGAGGUUGGAGUGAGGGAGUCAGGCCCCUCUGACCUGGCUCUGCUGGAGUGGGCAGGGGCCAGAUGCCCUCAGCACAGGUCCCCUGGCUUAAGGCUGAGGAUACCCUGCUCUGUCACUUCCUCUAGGUUUUCCUGACCCAGCACUGUCCACCCCCCACUCCUAUGACUCUCUCCUGCAGAUACUACUUCACCCUG